AUGGCCCAGCUUUGCGACCUCCCUCCGGAGCUGGUCGUUGGAAUCUUCAAACAGCUUCAUACGAGACAGGCGAUGCAAGAUGUAAUGACAUCCGCGUCAACCGACAAAGCCUUUGCUAUGAUCCUCCGGUCUUCUUGGCAAGACCGUUUCAAUCUCUCAGUGGUCAACCGCAGAUACCACAAGAUAGCCAGACCUCUGGUUUACAAAACGAUCAGCAUCCACAAAAGAGGCGCUCUCCGAAAGCUCGUCUCUCUUUUGCGAUUUCUCAGAGCCAACCCAGAUGUUGCAUCCAGUGUCGAGCAGCUCUAUCUCGAUAUUCGACCACACUCCUCUUACUUCCAGCACGUCAACCCGACCGACGCUGAUACUGUUUUUGAAGCCUCCAAGACUUCGACUAUCGGAGGCAUUCAGUCCUUUUGGAACCACGAGUUGGAGAGGGCAUUGGGCUUUCGGCCUCAGGUACCGGAUACCCUCAAGACCACCCACGAGUGCGCGUGCUUCACGACAAUCUUCAUCCUGCUGCUCCAUAACAUGCGAAAUGUCCACGACCUUGGAAUUGCAGUUAUGCCUGGCUCCUGCAGCUGCUUGAGCCAUAGGAUCAAGGAGAUAUGCCCCAGUUCAGUGGAUUUCUUUGACGUCAUGAACUUGAUAAUGGAAACGAUUGAGCUACCCGAGCAACUGCAUGAUUUUCCAGCAUUCGAAAACGUCAAAGCAGUAGCUUUGAGGUCGAUAGACGGGAUGUCUAACCCAUUUCUUGGGUACCAAGCUGGAGCUCUCUUGAAGAUGAACCCGAACGCAACUUGCUUCUACAUGGAAGGAUGCGACUUUAUCUACAGUCAACUUUUCAAUAUGGGACUCAGCAGCAUCACCCAGCUGACCAUCCAUGGGGUCAAGAUGGACAAAUAUGACUACUUUACAGUGAUCAAGAGCUGCUCGAUGCUUCUGCACUUCAAGUACAUCGCCAAGACCCACAACAAGUGUGACGUGGGAGGCUGCGGCCCAAGCCCGAAGAGAAUCGUCGAGAUGCUUCAGGAGACUGGCCACAACACAACCUUGGUUUCGCUGUACUUGGAUUAUCGCCAAAACGGCGAUUUGUGGCGUCCAGGCUACCCGAGUCUGGCUGAUUUCAAGGCUCUGGACAGCGCGUCGCUCUGCUUCAAUACGACCCCCCUUGAAGACAGUGUUUGGGGCUCAAACCGUAGACCGGCAGAGUCGACUUUGAUGUCUUUGCCCCAGAACCUGAGAAUCCUGCGGCUUUGGGGUAACGGAUGGAGCUCAAGCGCCCUAGAACAGCUUUUCCCGACGAGCGCGAAAUUCCCCAACCUCGAGAGUGUUGACUUUGACUGGGAAGACGGCCAAGUCGAGUAUUUUCGGCAGCGGCUCCGAAACUCAGGCAUUCAGUCGUUGAACGCUGCAGAUUUGACCAGAUAA